ACGAGUCUUGCCCAAGGUAGUCCUCCUCAUUCCCGAAAUUGAACCAGCAGGCCAACAGGAAAAAUGUCCCAUCACGAUGACAAGCUUAAGCAGCUUGAUGAUGUGGAAUUUGUCUGCACUGGCUAUGGAAAGGACAUGGUCAAGGUACUCCAAAUCCAACGAGACGGCAGGUUCCACACCAUCAAAGAAAUGGCGGUGUCAGUACAACUCACGCUGAAUUCCAAGAAAGAUUAUCUCCACGGAGACAAUUCGGACAUCAUCCCCACGGACACCAUAAAGAACACAGUCCACGUCUUAGCAAAAUUCAAAGGGAUCAAAACGAUAGAAAUGUUUGCCAUGGACAUCUGUGAGCACUUCAUCUCUUCAUUUUCACACGUCACCAGAGCCAGGGUGUACAUCGAGGAGGCCCCUUGGCAGCGUUUCGAGAAGAACGGGGUCCAACACGUCCACGCAUUCAUUUACAGCCCCACUGGGAUUCAUUUCUGUGAAGUCGAGCGGUUCAGGAACGGAAACCCUGACGUUCACUCCGGAAUCAAGGACAUGACGCUUUUGAAAACAACCCAGUCAGGCUUUGAAGGAUUCUUAAAGGAUCAGUUCACCACCCUCCCCGAAGUGAAUGACCGAUGUUUUGCUACCAAAGUAUACUGCAAAUGGCGCUACAACAAAUUCAGGGAUGUGGAUUUCCAGGCUGCAUGGAAUCUUGUUCGGGACACUAUCCUAGAGAAAUUUGCCGGACCCUAUGACAAAGGGGAAUAUUCUCCCUCUGUCCAGAAAACUCUUUAUGACAUUCAGGUACUCACCUUGAGCAGAAUUUCAGAGAUUGAUGAUAUAGAAAUCAGCCUGCCAAACAUUCACUACUUUACCAUCGAUAUGACCAAAAUGGGACUCAUUAACAAAGACCAGGUUUUGCUACCGACGGACAACCCAUUUGGCAGAAUCACCGGCACGGUCCGAAGAAGGCUGCCCUCCAAACUGUGAUUAAUGGACGUCAGGAACCGGCCUGUCGUCAGCUGAGCCACGACGGGGCCAAACUAAACAUCCCCUGCUACUUUUCUGAGCGCUGGGUUAAUUCCUAGCAUGCUUUCCUUCAUGCAUCAAUCCUCUGGCGUCUGCUUGACGUACCUCGCAGAGAUGAUGGGGGAAUUAAAGAGUUGUCGCGUGUGACUCGCUUGGAAAAUACAAAGUACUCUAUAACUGUUGAACAGUAUUAUAAUCACCCUUUAUCAACUUUUCCAUUUAGCUCUUUUGAGUCAUCGGAAAUUAUCAAAGCAUUAGAAUCGACUCAUUAGGUCGCUAACAAUGAAUCACGAAGUUCUUCAAAUCGAUUAAUUAGCACCCAGCUGUCUUUUUUUCUGAUUGGGGAAGAAAAUAAUCGAUAAUGUUGAUUUGUUAAUGUUUUCGUUUAAAUGAUGGCAAAAUUACUUUUAGGAUGACACAGGUUGAUUUGCUGAAGGAAUUAAAAUAAAACGACUUACCGAUGUAAGUUCAGUCGGAUGCUGACAUUCCUACGCUUGGUAAGAGCACCAGAGCCCGUUAAUUAUUUGAGAGCCUAAACCAAUUUCUAGCGAUACAUAUUUGGCAAUCUGGCAUGUUGGUGAUGUGUCAUCAUCAUCAUCAUCAUCAAUUGUGUUUAUUGAGCGCUUACUGUGUGCAGAUCACUGUACUAAGCGCUUGGGAAGUACAAGUUGGCAAGUACAAGUGUCCUUAAUGGGAUUGGGGGAGAAUAUGAAAAUUGCUUUUCUUUUAAUCAUUUCAUCAGUGUGGAACUCCAUGUCCAAUAUGGUGCUUAAUAAAGAAAAUUUUAAGAACUACACGGAUUUUAUGUAGAGGUUGCUGCAUUUUUUUAAUGACAGGAUAAACAGUUGAGCAGGUAUGGCCUUUAUGGCUCUCUUGUCAUUUGGAGAUAAACUAAAUGACACAAUUGGCAAAAAAUGAAAAUUGUAGGUAACUUUUCAGGAACUCCUUUUGAAAGUUCAGAUGAAGGCAAAAUAAAGAUGAUUUGAUAAGGA